CCCCCUCGGGCGGCGGUGCGGAAUGCGCUCCCGGCCCCCCUCGGGCGGCGGUGCGGGAUGCGCUCCCGUCGCCCUCCCCCAGUGCGGAGCGAGAGGCGGGGCCGGAGCUGCGCGGCCGCCGCCCGCCGCCUUUAUCUGUGGUGGCGGCGCGGGGGGUGGCACUGGGGAACACCUUGGUGUGAGAUACGCGCUAUAAAUACGGCAUUGGGGAUGGGAGCGCGGCCACGGGCGGCGGCGAAGGGCUCCGGAGCACGCAGGACUCUGCUCGCCAUCAGCCGCCGAGCCCAGCCCGCGGCGGAGGGCGGCCGCUGCCGCUAGCGCGGAGCAGGAGGAGGAGAAGGAAGAGGUCGCCGCCGAAGGAGCCCUGCGCUCCGGUCCAAGCGUCUUCGCUGAGAUCGCCCGCCCGGCCGCCGACAUGAUGCAGAUCUGCGACUCGUACAGCCAGAAGUACUCCCUCUUCAACGCCAUGAACCGGUUCAUCGGCGCCGUCAACAACAUGGACCAGACGGUGAUGGUGCCCAGCCUGCUGCGGGACGUGCCGUUGCUGCUGGAGGAGCUGGACGCGGCCGGCGCCGUGUGCCCGCCCCGGGAUGCUGCCCUGCCGCCCGGCGACCCCGGCGCCUACUUCUCCCGUAGGGACAUGUACAGCCACUACAUGCUGCUCAAAUCCAUCCGCAACGACAUCGAGUGGGGCGUGGUGCAGCCGCCGGCGGGCGAGGAGGCGGCCCGCAAGAAGGACAAGCUGGGCGGCGGGCCCGCCGAGGAGGGCGAGGGGGAGGAGGACCUGGAGCAGCAGUUCCACUACCACCUCAGCGGACUCCACUCGGUCCUCUCCAAGCUCACCCGCAAGGCCAACGUCCUCACCAACAGAUACAAGCAGGAGAUCGGCGUCAGCAGCUGGGGGCAGUGAGCGUCGGGGUGGGGAGCGGGAAAGGGGCGCCCGGCCCGGCCCGGCGGGAGCGGAGCGGGAGCGGCGUCCCCACCCGGCGCUGCCGCUGCUGCCGCGGCGGUGACGAAGGGCAGCGCCCAGGGCCGAGGCUCCCCUACGCUCUCCCAGGACUGCAGCAGGUUUUCUACCAACGCACAAGCGGGAGAGAGAUGUAAAUUAAUCAAUACUAGCUUAUUAAUUGUUUUGACCCCCUCCGUGGUUUUUUUCACUGUACGGUCCGGGGCGAGCGGUUGCUGUGCCCGCCCGGGCGGGGAGGCUGAACCCCUGCGUGUACGAGGUGGUGGCGUGGCUGGCUUAUAAGGAGGCUCAAAACAAGCCGAUGAACAUAACGAAACUGGCACAAAAUUGCUUCUGUUAACCCGGAGGGAACCCAGUGGGCUAAGGAGCAUCCCUCUGUUGCGGGACAGAUGGCGGGUCCCACGGUUGUACAUGUACUGGAGUUUAUUUAAACCUUUUUUACUCAGAUGUAGAGUAUAUUCUAAAAUAAAUGCAAAUGUAUUAACUAAGAGUGACUUAAACUUUUGGUAUGAUUUAUGUUUCUUUAAUUAAAUGAUAUUUUUAACAUCUGGAA